AUGGCGGCGUGGAGUGGACUCCUCCGUAAUACAGGGCAGAUUUUGUCUGCAAGCAAGUUAAUAAAACCAAGUCAGCCUCUGCAAAAUGCGGUCACUAGAUACAUGUCCGGUGGCCACCACCGAGUUUUUCCCCUCGGACCAUCACGUUGGCACUGGCAUAAAACAAAGGACUUGCUGCAUUUCUACACCUUGAUCGGGGUGGUUCCGCUCUCGAUUGCCGUUUUUUGCAUUAAUGUUUUCAUUGGACCCGCUACGCUCAAGGAAAUUCCUGAAGGAUAUGAACCUAAACAUUGGGAGUAUUAUCGGCAUCCAAUAUCAAGAUGGCUAGCCCGCUACGUCUUCCCAUCAGACCAGCAAGAGUACGAGAAGCAAAUGUUCUUCAUCUGGGAAGAGCAGGAGAAGCAGAAGCUGCGUAAGCUGGAGAACAAAAUCCAUAACCUGAUGAACGAACGAAUUGACUAUCAGUACUACUACUACGAGCCUUACACCAACGCCCAGUACGUCAGAAGACAGGCCCAGGGUGAACAGGAUCAACAGAUUUACAGUCAACCCUUUGAAUAA